AUGCCCUCUCGCUGUAGGACUGUGCUGCAUAUCGUAACCACCACCCUCUUCGCCACGGUGGUCCUGUUUGGGAUCCUGCUGGCCUAUGUGACUGGCUAUCAGUUCAUCCACACAGAGCAGCACCACCUGUCCUUCGGCCUGUACGGAGCCAUUCUGUCCCUGCAUCUUUUCCUCCAGAGCCUGUUUGCCUUCCUGGAGCACAGACACAUGCGCAGCCCCGCCCGGCCCCAGCACCUGCGGCGCUCUGUGGCCCUGUGCAUCGCAGCCUACCAGGAGGACCCAGACUACCUGAGGAAGUGCCUCUGCAGCGUGCGCCGCAUCUCCUUCCCCAGCCUGAAGGUGGUGCUGGUGGUGGACGGGAACAGACCGGAGGACCACUACAUGAUGGACAUCUUCCAGGAGGUGAUGGGUGGAGUGGACCAGGCUGGCAGCGUGGUGUGGAAGGGGAACUACCACAGUGACGGGGGUGGAGGGGUGGGCAGAGGGGGGACUGGAGCAGCGUCCCUGCAUGCGCAGGAGGCUGCACGUGUGGCCAGGCUAGUGAGAGGCUGUCGCUACUCCUGUAUCAUGCAGGAGUGGGGAGGGAAGAGAGAGGUGAUGUACACAGCCUUCAAAGCCCUGGGAGACUCUGUGGACUAUAUGCAGGUGUGUGAUUCAGACACAGUUCUGGAUCCAGCGUGCACCAUAGAGAUGUUGAAGAUUCUAGAAGAGGAUGCAAAGGUCGGCGGAGUAGGUGGAGAUGUUCAGAUCCUGAAUAAGUAUGACUCGUGGAUCUCCUUCCUGAGCAGUGUUCGUUACUGGAUGGCCUUCAACGUGGAGCGGGCCUGCCAGUCCUACUUUGGCUGUGUGCAGUGUAUCAGUGGUCCCCUGGGCAUGUACCGCAACUCCCUGCUGCAGCAGUUCCUAGAGCCCUGGUAUCACCAGACCUUCCUGGGCAGCAAGUGCAGCUUUGGUGACGACCGCCACCUCACUAACCGCGUGCUGAGCUUCGGUUACAAGACCAAGUUCACGGCCCGCUCCAAGUGCCAGACUGAAACGCCAACGCGCUACCUCCGCUGGCUCAACCAGCAGACCCGCUGGAGCAAGUCCUACUUCAGGGAGUGGCUGUACAACGCCCUCUGGUUCCACAAGCACAGCCUUUGGAUGACAUACGAGUCUGUGGUGACGGGUUUCUUCCCCUUCUUCCUUGUUGCCACAGUGAUCCACCUGUUCUACCGCGGGCGCCUGUGGAACAUCCUUCUCUUCCUGUUGACAGUGCAACUGGUUGGCAUGGUGAAGGCCACCUACGCCUGCUUCCUGAGGGGCAGUCUGGUCAUGAUCUUCAUGUCACUCUACUCCCUCCUCUACAUGUCCAGCCUGCUACCAGCCAAGAUCUUUGCCCUGCUCACUAUCAAUAAGGCUGGCUGGGGCACGUCAGGGCGGAGGAAGAUUGUGGUGAACUUCAUAGGGGCAGUGCCCGUCACAGUGUGGGGGGUUGUGCUGCUGGGUGGGGUUGCCUACACCAUCUACUGUGAGACCCAGGAGCCCUUCAGUGAAACCGAGAAAGCGCUUCUCAUCGCUGGGGUCAUCCUGUACGCCUGCUACUGGCUAAUUCUGCUGGUUCUCUACCUGGCUAUAGUGGCUAAGCGCUGCAACAAGAGGGAGGAGCAGUACCACCUGCCGUACGCAGAGGCAUAA